AUGGCUGUAACAAAACUUGGAAUUAAUGGAUUCGGACGUAUCGGACGUUUAGUGUUUAGAGCUGCUUACGAUAGGAAUGACAUUGAGGUAGUAGCUAUUAAUGACCCAUUUAUGGACAUUAAGCACUUAUGUUAUCUUCUGAAGUAUGAUUCGAUUCACGGUGUAUUUCCAGGAGAAGUUACACCAGGAGAAGGUAUGAUCACAGUUGGAAACAAGAAAAUUAAUGUACAUAGCGAAAAAGAUCCAUCACAAAUACCAUGGGGAAAGUAUGAUAUUGAUGUAGUAUGUGAAUCAACUGGUGUAUUUUUAACAAAGGAAUUGUCCAAUGGACAUAUUAAGGGAGGUGCAAAGAAAGUUAUCAUGUCCGCACCACCAAAGGAUGACACUCCAAUUUAUGUUAUGGGUAUUAACCAUGAGAAGUAUAACCCAAAAGAACUCAUCGUUUCGAAUGCAUCAUGUACUACCAAUUGCUUAUCCCCAAUUGCUAAGGUACUUAAUGAUAAUUUCGGUAUUGUUGAAGGUUUAAUGACAACUGUUCAUGCAUCUACCGCAAACCAAUUAGUAGUUGAUGGACCAUCCAAAGGUGGUAAGGACUGGAGAGCAGGAAGAUGUGCAUUAUCAAACAUUAUUCCAGCUUCCACUGGUGCAGCUAAAGCAGUAGGUAAAGUCUUACCAGAAUUGAAUGGAAAACUAACAGGUGUUGCCUUCAGAGUUCCUAUUGGCACCGUUUCCGUUGUUGACCUAGUAUGUAGAUUAGAAAAGCCAGCCAAAUAUGAAGAAAUUGCAGCUCAAAUGAAAAAAGCAGCAGAGGGUCCACUCAAGGGAAUAUUGGGAUACACCGAAGAUGAAGUUGUAUCUCAAGAUUUCGUCCAUGACAAGAGGUCAUCUAUUUUUGACAUGAAAGCUGGUUUAGCAUUAAAUGACAACUUUUUCAAAAUUGUUUCAUGGUAUGAUAAUGAAUGGGGAUACUCAAAUCGUGUUUUAGAUUUGGCUGUUCACAUAACAAAGCAUUAA